CAUACAUGCAUCCGUGCAUAAGUGCAUGAAUAGAGAAUGGAUAGACAAAUGACAGGUGGAUCAGUUAAUUACGUGUUGACACGUAAUGUCAUGGUGUCAGAAAUACCUGAGGUGCACACACGCUCUGUGGCUCCUUUCACGCACACUCCACUCACCCCCCGUCAUCUGGUGGAGGAAACUUACCUUAGUCUCUCUCAUUCCCUCCAUCAACACACUGACGGCUCGCUGCACCACGCCACUUUCUCCGCCACCAUUUCAAAGAAAGUGACGCAUGCCAUGGAGAGAGAACAGCUGGACCUGGAGACAGACAUACCUCCCCCGCACAACAUCAUCUUCAGAAAGUACCGGGGAUGUUACGUGAGUCGCGGCAUUGGGUUCCUACUCGGGGUGUUCUUCGUCAGUGCAUUGUUGGUGACGGCGCUCCUUGUGUACUACGUGGCUCCUCAUCCUCCUGCUACUCCUCCUGCUGUGUCCAAGCCGCCACUCCUUUACGAAUCCCUCACUACCAUCUCCUCUACCUCCACCUCCACCACCACCACCACCACAACUACCGCCACUACCACUCCUGCUUCGAGAGGCCAGAAAAGGAGUCCUCGUCUUCCUCGAGCCCUGAGGCCGCUGCACUACCUGGUGAGGCUGCAGCCGCUCAUCAAUGGCAACUUCAGCAUCAUGGGCUACGUGGAGGUGGAGAUGGAGGUGCUGCAGGCCACCUCUAACAUCACACUGCACAUCGCCGACAUUGUCACUCACAAUGACACAGUGAAGCUGAGGGCGGCCCAGGAUCAGACGGGACCGGGCCUGGUCAUCGCCGCUCACCAGUUCGACAGCGAACGGGAGUUUUACGUGGCGCACUUGAACGAGACACUACAGCCAGGCGACAAAUACGUUCUGUCCAUGCACUUCAUCGGUCUGCUCAACGACAUGAUGAAAGGGUUCUACAGGUCCUCCUACAGACAUGCAGACGGCAACGAGACGUGGCUGGCGGCGACACAGUUCCAGGCGACGGACGCGCGGCGCGCCUUCCCUUGCUUUGACGAGCCUGGGCUGAAGGCCACCUUCGAGGUGCACCUCGCCCGCCAGACCAAUAUGACCUCACUCUCCAACAUGCCCAUCAAGGAAACUAUUCCCAUGGAGCAGCAGCAGGGCUGGCUAUGGGACCAGUACCACACCACCGUCCCGAUGUCCACCUACCUCCUCGCCUUCGUUAUCUCAGACUUCGUCAAUUUGAAUACUGUCAUUGACGAUAAAAUUCUCUUCAGAGUGUGGGCACGGCCCUCUGCCAUACACCAGGCUCACUAUGCGCUUGACGUGGGCCCGCGCAUGCUCACUCAUUUCAUCAAUUUCUUCAGCCAGCCCUACCCGUUGCCCAAGCUAGACAUGAUCGCCAUCCCGGACUUCGCCGCGGGUGCCAUGGAGAACUGGGGUCUGGCCACGUAUAGAGAGGUGCUGAUGCUCUAUGAUCCUCGCGUGUCAUCCGCCCACAACAAGCAGCUCGUUGCCUCCGUGGUGGGACACGAGCUGGCGCAUCAGUGGUUCGGCAACUUGGUGACGCCUCGCUGGUGGACAGACAUUUGGCUCAACGAGGGAUUUGCUUCUUACCUUGAGUACACAGGUGUUGAUCAUGUGGAGCCGUCCUGGAAAAUCAUGGAACAAUUCGUACUGAAGAGGAUCCAGGGAAUGUUUACAGCCGACAGUUUAGCUUCGUCUCACCCAAUCCGGCACAACGCGGAACAUGCGGACAGGAUAGCUUACGACAAAGGAUCGUCCGUCAUUCGCAUGAUGAGUCACUUCAUGAGCGAGGCGACCUUAAGGCGUGGCCUCACUCAAUACCUCCAGCACUUUAAGUACGACAACGCCGAGCAGGACGACUUGUGGCGGCACUUGACGGAGGCGGCGCACGAGACCGGCACGCUGCCCGCCAACCUCACUGUCAAGACCAUCAUGGACACGUGGACGCUGCAGAUGGGUUACCCCGUCAUCAAGGUGGAGCGGAGCGUCGACGGCACCUCGGCCACUGUCUCACAGGAGCGGUUCCUGCUGGUCAAGGACGACAACGCCGAUGACACGCACGACUACAAGUGGUGGGUGCCGCUGACGUACACGGGCCAAGACCAGCCUGACUUUAGCCAGACACAGGCCAAGGUGUGGAUGAAAGACUCGGAGGCGCAGCUCACCGUCACCUCCCUGCCACCCAAGGACCACUGGGUCAUCUUCAAUCUGCAGCAGACUGGCUACUACAGGGUCAACUACGACGAACACAACUGGAACCUUCUCAUCCAGCAGCUGCUCGCCGACCACCGCGCCAUCGCCACUGUCAACAGGGCGCAGAUCAUCGACGACGCCCUCGAUCUGGCCAGGGCAGGCCGCCUGCCGUACAACACUGCCUUGGAAGUCACCACCUACCUGCCCAAGGAGAAAGAUUAUGUACCAUGGGCUGCGGCGUUUGAGAAUAUUGCGUUUCUGACAGACAUGCUCAAAGACACUGCGGCGUACGGUGCACUCAGGAACUACUUGCUGGACAUCCUAGUUCCGCUGUACGAGUCAGUAGGCUUCCAGGACCGCGAGAGUGACCUGCUGUUGGACCAGUACACAAGACAGAAGGUUCUGUCGUGGGCCUGUCGCCUGGAACACCCAGACUGUCUACACAACGCCGCCACCAGCUACGCCGCAUGGAUGGCCAACCCAGGCAAUAACAGCAUUUCCCCAAACCUGAAGGCAACAGUGUACUGCCACGCCAUAGCGGAAGGAGGCGAGCACGAGUGGACGUUCGCCUGGCAGCAGUACGUGGCCGCCAACGUGGGCUCGGAGAAGGUGACGUUGCUGAGAGCGAUGGCCUGCACCAGACGACCGUGGCUCCUGUCUAAGUACUUGGAAAUGGCGCUCAGCCCAGACAGCGGCAUCAGGAAGCAGGACGCCCACACGGUGUUCGGCGCCAUAGCCAGCAACGAUGUGGGCAGGCAGCUGGCGUGGGUCUUCCUGCAGGACCACUGGGACGACAUCUAUGAUUUUGUGGAGCGAGUCCCAAUGCGCAUGAUCCGGAGUGCGUGUCGGAAGUUCAAGACGGAGCACCACCUGAAGGAGCUGGUUGAGUUCCACAAGGCUCACGGUCACCAGAUACCAAACAACGCUCUCGACAUGGCUCAGCUGCUGGAGGAGGUGACUGGCAACGUGGCUUGGCUGAAGAGUCGCUACGAUGAGGUACUUGCCUGGUUGGAGUCGCGAGGGCACGCUUACAUGCUCCCGUCACACUAAGAAAAGGCCAUAUUCUGAAACCUAUCUUCCUCAUCUCAACUUCUUUUGAUAUAGAAUGGUAAACUUUGGAACUCCCUGCCUGCUUCUGUAUUUUCAACUUCCUAUGACUAUGUAAGAGGGAGUUUUCAUGACAUUUUUCCCUUCUUUUUGGUUAACUCUGUCGGACUUAAUAGGGGAUUGGCAAAUAAGUGGGCCUUUUUCUCUCUCGUUUUAUGUUACCCUUAGCCAGUUUCCCCUUCUUACAUGAAGUAAAUACUUUAGCUGAAGUGACACGGGUUUUAAGGAUAUUUUAUUACGGUUUUAGUGACAGAAUAGCAAGUUUUCUAUAUAAUCAAGAGAAACAGUCUUGACACGGAUUUCUAAGGAUAUUUUUUUUCAGUUUUAGUGAUGGAAUGGCAAGUUUUCUAUAUCAUCAACAGGAGAAACAUUCCUUGGAUUCUAAAUAUAAUAUUUCUACGGUUCUAGUGACAGAAUAACAAAUUUUCUUUAUCAUCAACAAGGAAAACGGUCUUAACAACUUAGUUAAUAAUCUCUGUGGCCUUUGUAGGUAGUCGUGAUGAGAGAGCAAAGCGUGUCUGAGUGCGGGCUUCAAACAGGAAGGGGAAUCCUGCGAAGGGGAUCAUGCGUGGUAAAGGAACAUGAGGGAUGAGAAAGUUUUGAUGCAUAUUACAAUUUGCUAUACUUAUUAUCAUCGCAAUUGUUAUCAUUAUUUUUCUCUUGAUUCUCGAAAGUCUCACCGGGAUAGUAAUAAUAGAGAAAUGAUAAUGACUGAGGUUAACGCGUGUACAGUAAUGCUGCUUCCAGGAAAGUACAACACAGAAUGGUUCCUAAUGGGUUGGUCAUUUUAGUUGUAGAAAGUAAGUCAAUUGAAGACAGGGAUAAAUAGAUAGACACUUAUACAGUAUGGAUAUUUUUUGUAACUCCAUUGAUAAAUUUCAUGUACAUUUUUGCGUACAGGAUAUCGACAUGUGUAUAUUUAUGCGAGUUUGUGUAAUUUUCUGCUCAUUCUUUAUAAAAAAAUAGGUUCAUGUAGUGUGAUGUCCUUUGAUCGUGUCCUGCGUCACAAUAAAACUCCAUCUCAC